GACAUUCACAAGUAUGCCCCUGAUAAUGAGAAUGUAAACACGCGCCGUAAGAGAGCUAUAUCCGACCCGACACUGCUAUCACAUACACGUUUGUUUACACACUCUAUCUGUGAGCAUCACAGUUUAUCCGGCCGCCGGAAACCUAAUCAUCGCCGCCCGUCACAGAUCUAAUGGCUAAAGAUAAUGCAAUGGAGAUCGACGAUCAGAAAAUCGUCUCCGAUCAGACCAAUCCCAAUCCUAAGUUCUCAAUUCACGUGUUGCAGCUGCUAAAAUCUGCACAGAUGCAACACGGAUUGCGGUUUGGGGAUUACACUCGUUAUCGGAGGUAUUGUACUGCUAGGCUAAGGAGGUUGUAUAAAUCGUUGAAGUUUACUCAUGGGCGUGGUAAAUACACUAAGAGAGCUAUACAGCCGUCCAUGGUGACAGAAGUCAGGUUUCUGCAUGUGGUUCUCUAUACAUCUGAAAGAGCUUGGAGCCAUGCCAUGGAGAAGAGACAGCUGCCAGAUGGCCCAAAUGCACGACAACGUAGAUAUCUGAUUGGUAGGCUAAGGAAAGCUGUAAAGUGGGCUACCUUUUUCGCUGAGCUCUGUGCUAUGAAGGGCGAUUCUAGAACUUCUUUAGAAGCCGAGGCCUACGCCUCUUAUAUGAAAGGGAAUAUGUUGUUUGAACAAGAUCAGAAUUGGGACAUCGCGUUAAAGAGUUUCAAGAGUGCUAGGGCUGUUUAUGAAGAACUUGGGAAAUACGGGGAUCUGGAAAAUCAAGUAUUGUGCCGUGAGCGUGUUGAGGAACUAGAACCCAGCAUACGGUACUGCCUGCACAAAAUUGGUGAGUCGAAUCUACAAGCUUCUGAACUUCUACAAAUAGGUGAAAUGGAAGGACCUGCACUGGACCUUUUCAAGGCUAAGUUAGAGGCUGUCAUGGCUGAAGCUAGAUCUCAACAGGCCGCAUCUAUGACAGAAUUUAAUUGGCUAGGGCAUAGCUUCCCCAUUUCAAAUGCAAAGACACGGGUUUCAAUAUUGAAAGCUCAGGAGCUGGAGGAAGACCUCCAUGGUCCAAAACGAGAAUCUGUUCCAGCAGAAAAAAGGCUGGCCAUAUUUGACAAAAUAUUUACUGCUUAUCACGAAGCCAGGAGUAGCAUCCGUAAUGAUUUGGCUAAUGCAGGUAAUUCUGAAAACAUGAAAGAUGAUCUGAGUGGCCUUGAUAAGGCCAUAGGGGCUCUUUUGGGACAACGAACUAUUGAGCGAAACCAGUUGUUAGUGAGCAUAGCAAAGAGUAAGCUUAACAAGUCACGCGAUGACAAAAAUGACAGAGCUACUAAACCAGAGGAGCUUGUCCGCUUAUAUGACCUACUAUUGCAGAAUACGGCUGACCUUUCUGAUUUAGUCAGUUCUGGAAGAGAUAGAAAACCAGAGGAAGUGGCAUUUGCUGAAGAAUGUGAAGUCAAGAGUUCAAUUUUUCGAGCAGAGAGGUGCUUCUACUUGGCUAAAUCUUACAGUUUAGCUGGAAAGAGAACUGAGGCAUAUUCUUUGUACCGUCGUGCUUGCUCUCUUGCUGAUACUGCCCUUAAGAGGCUUCAAAGUUUAACCACUGCUGAACAGGAUGUUCUAAAAGAUUUGAAGGCUUUAUACAAUGAGAGUAGAUCAAACAGUUGUAUAGAGCAUGCACUAGGUAUCAUGGAACUGGAGAAGGCUCCUGAAAAUCUAUCAGAAAAGAUCUCAACUAUGUCAUUAACUGCCAAGGGGACAAAGCCGGGCAAUUUACUUUUGGAAAAAUUGGAUGCUUAUGAAUCUGCUGUCGGUGAUCCAAACACAAGAGGAGCUCCUCGCAUUGAAACCUUUCCACCAGCCUUUCAAGCAUUUCCUCGUAAUCCAAUUGUUCGGGACCUUGCCUAUGACUCGAUUGACUUCCCAACUCUUGAGCACCGAAUGAAGAAAGACAAGAAGGGCUUAUUAAGUAGGUUCUGGGGUUGAUUAGCUUUAUCUGACUUUCCAGUCAUCCUUUUGAGAAAUUUUUUGAAAAUUUUCUUAAAUGUAAUUUAUACCAUGUGGACUUGUUUUCAUAUGGGAAAUGGAAAUAUAGUACUGUAGAAGAGAAUAUGGGUGGGGAGUUUUUUCUUGUGGAAACGAGUACUUGUUCACCCAGUUUAAUGAUAACGAUAGAUUAUCAUGGGGUAGAGAAUUGUUGCAAUUAUAUUUAUAAACAAAAGUUUUGUGUUGGCCUUGGAUUCUAUUAUGGAGAAAGAAGUUUACA